AUGGCGGACUCAUCACCGGACGAAGUCAUUGCAGGGAUUAAUAAGAAUCUCCUUGAAGCCUACAAGGCAGAAGAGGCCUUUUGGAAACAGAGAAGUAGACUCAUGUGGCUGGCUCUGGGAGACAAGAACACAGCCUUCUUUCAUGCAGUUUCAAAAGGACGCAAAGCACGUAAUAAGCUCACAGUCAUGGAAAAUACUGAAGGGCUUCCUGUCUACGAAGAGGAACAGAUAGCGGCGGAGAUCGAACAAUACUUCUCGGAGAUAUUUACCUCUGUCGGGUCCAACAGUGAAGAAGUGGUGUCAAAGGCGUUAUCGGUACGCGUCUCUGCAACAACAAACCAGUCUCUAAUUUCGAUCCCGACAGAGAAGGAGAUUAAGAAAGCACUGUUUGCAAUCCACCCCGACAAAGCACCAGGUCCGGAUGGCUUCUCAGCCUCCUUCUUUCAGGCUAACUGGGACGCGGUGAAGAGUGCUGUAGUGGAGGAGAUCCGCCUUUUCUUCAUCACCGGGAAAAUGCCGGAUACGAUCAACGAAACACACGUCCGCCUCAUCCCAAAGAUUCAGAAUGCGCUCAAAGUCUCGGAGUUUAGACCUAUUGCUUUAUGCAACGUCUAUUAUAAGAUCAUAUCCAAGCUUCUCUCCCUCCGUCUACGCCCCAUCCUCAAUGAUAUCAUCUCCGAGAACCAAUCAGCCUUCCUUCCGGGCCGAGCUAUAGCUGAUAAUGUACUUAUCACUCAUGAGAUCCUCCACUACUUGAAGGGAUCGGAAGCAAAGAAGCACUGUUAUAUAGCGGUGAAAACCGAUAUGAGCAAAGCCUACGAUAGGCUUGAAUGGGGCUUCAUCCGUUUGGUGUUUGAGAAACUUGGUUUUGAUGGUAUUUGGAUCAAUUGGGUGAUGGAGUGCAUAACGACAGUCUCCUACUCCUUUCUGGUUAAUGAUUCUGCUCUAGGACACGUAACACCGGAACGAGGCAUCCGGCAAGGCGACCCCCUCUCCCCGUAUAUCUUCAUUCUAUGCGGAGAAGUUCUAUCCGGUUUGUGUCAAGCGGGACAGCAAAAUGGGGAACUCACGGGGGUGAAAAUUGGCCAGCAGUGCCCGAGGAUCAAUCACCUACUGUUUGCGGACGAUACUAUGUUCUUCACCAAAGCCUCCCCCGACUGUUGUUCUUACCUCAUCGCCACUUUAAAGGAGUAUGAAAGUGCUUCGGGACAGCUAAUUAACGCCUCUAAAUCAUCAAUCUCUUUCUCGUCAAAGACACCACAGGAGACCCGAGAUCGGGUCAAAAACAUCCUUGGUAUUGAGAAGGAGGGAGGUGUAGGCAAGUACCUCGGCCUCCCGGAGCUGUUCUCUAGGAAGAAACGUGAUGUGUUUUCAUCGAUCGUUGAUAAAAUCAAGAUCCGCGCAUCAUCCUGGUCCACUCGACGGUUAUCUGCUGCGGGUAAGCUAACCAUGCUGAAGUCGGUCCUCUCCGCUAUUCCGACAUACUCCAUGUCAUGCUUUCCACUACCGGUUGGGUUAUGUAAACAGAUCCAAUCUGCACUUACCCGGUUCUGGUGGGAUCAAGAUCCCGCCGUAAAGAAGAUAUGUUGGGUAUCUUGGGAUUCACUUACACAGCAUAAGGAUGAGGGGGGACUUGGAUUCCGAGAAAUACAAGAUUUCAACGUAGCGAUGCUAGCUAAGAACGCAUGGCGUAUACUGACUUCCCCAUCGAGCCUCCUUGCUCGGCUUCUUUUAGGGAAAUACUGUCAUAGUACUAGCUUCCUCUCUGCUACCUGUCCGAAAUCAGCUUCACAUGGAUGGCGAGGCGUAAUUGCGGGAUGUCAACUUCUCAAGCUACAAUUGGGCAAAGCCAUUGGUAAUGGUAAUACAACUAAGGUGUGGACCGACUCUUGGUUAUCUACUACAGAACGUUUGACCCCUUUCGGACCUCCCACAGAAGCUACGAGAGACCUCUUUGUUGCGGAUUUGAUUCAGCGAGGAACUGGGGAAUGGAACCGCCACCUAGUGGAAUCUAUUCUCCCGGAACUAGCGCCCUUAGUCUACCUAAUCAAGCCAAGCAGGCUUGAUGCAGAGGACUCUUUCUGUUGGCUAAAGACAAAGUCUGGCAUCUACAGUGUCAAGUCCGGCUACUACGCCCGACGUGAUGAAACUACACAAGACCUCCCGCUACAACCGCUCCUACAAGACUUCAACUGGAGAAAGUUUGUAUGGCGAGAAGAGACUUCUCCUAAACUCAAACUCUUCUUAUGGAAGCUCUGUCGCGGCGCCCUCCCCCUUGGAGUUAACUUGCAACACAGAGGAAUUGAAACAAAUGGAAACUGCCCCCAUUGUUUAGAACCAGAAACAGAACUUCAUCUCUUCUUCCUGUGCCCGUUUGCAAAACAGGUCUGGGAGGCAGCUCCAUUUACGACGCCACCGGACUUCGCCACCAUCACGACACUCCAUGAUGCGUUUCUGAUCAUGUCGACCCUUCUAUGCGUACCUCCGACCGGAAUCAGCAGCAGUCUCACGUCGUGGUUACUAUGGAGCAUAUGGACAUCCCGCAAUACACUGGUGUUUGAUUGCAGGUCCCAAUCAGCGAAGGCAGUGAUGGAGAAGACGGUACCGGCAGCCAGAGAAUGGAUCCUUGCCCAAUCUGAGUUCAAGCCAACGAGACACCAAUCUAUCCUGCUACCUGAAGCAACGCUCCCUCCUCCUAAUACUUUCGUAUGCAACACGGAUGGGGCAUGGAUGGCGUCACAACGAGCAGGUCUAGGAUGGGUGAUCGCGAACCAGGAGCAAAGCUACAUAUCGGAGGGUUCUCAGGCAGUCUUUCAUGUUUCAUCACCCCUCAUGGCGGAAGCGCUGGCUAUGAGGGAAGCUCUCCAAGAAGCUAAGCGCAACUCUAUUCACAACGUCUGGUGUAAAACCGACUCUCAGGAGCUCGCAAGAGCUAUCAACUCGAAGUCAUAUUCGGUGGAGCUUUUCGGAGUUCUCAUGGAUAUCGAGUUUCUAUCCACUGCAUUUGCUUUCUUUUCUGUUUCUUUUGUUAGCCGAGAGAACAAUUCAGCAGCUGACUCUCUGGCCAAGUUUGCUCUCCAUAACUCUAUUGCUACCUUGUUUUGA